GAGCACCUGAGGAUGCAGCUGGACGAGCUGCAGACGGAGCACCAGAGGCGACAGCACCGUCUGCAGGAGGUGCACUGCUGCGCCAUGCAGGACCAGGAGCGCACCAGGCAACGUGACCUAAAGGACUUGGAGGAGCGUCUCCGCCAUCAUCACCAUGCAGAGCUGCAGUCGCUCAGAGAGGCUCAUCGCCAGAGCAUCGAGACGCUCAAGCAGCAAUCUGAGCAAGAGCUGCAAACGCUCCGCUUCGAACUGGAGGACGAGGGCAAAGCCAUGCUCGCCUCUCUGCGCUCGGAGCUGAACCACAUCCACGCGUCGGCCAUCGAACACCUGAGACAAACCCACCAACAGGAGUCCGCCGCUGCCAAAGCGGAGCUGGAGAAGACGCUGGACAACAACCGGACACAG